CAACGGAUGGAUGUCCACAAACAGCUAGCCAUAGGCAGCGGUAGCAGGUAGCAAAGCAACACACACCAUGGACCAGCAGGUGUUUGAUGGCGACCCGUUCGUGCGCAGCAUCUCGCCGCCGGAAGAGGACACCUUCUCCGGCCAGCUGCCAUGGCCGGACUUUGACUUCGACGACGUCCUUUACGAGCUCUCCAAGCCGGCCGCGAACGAGACCUCCUCGGGCGGCUCCAGCUCCCAGAGGAAGCGCAACCACAACGCGUACGAGCGCGACCGCCGGAAGCAUCUCAACGAGCUCUACUCCUCGCUCCACUCCCUCCUCCCUGACGCCGAUCACGCAAAGAAGCCCAGCAUUGCCAUCACGGUGGCUCGAGUCCUCAAGUACAUUCCCGAGCUGCAGAAGCAGGUUGAGAAUCUAGAGGUGAGGAAGAAGAAGCUGAUGAAUGCCAACUGCAAACAAGGAGCGCUGAACCCGAGCGGGAGCAUAGCUCCCAUUGUUUCUGUUAAUUGCCUCAACGAGAUGGAAAUCAUGGUUCAGAUCAGCUUUUUGAGUAACUCGGCAGAAGCAACUCUUCCUUUCUCCGUGUUUAUAGAAGUACUGGAAAACGAGGGCCUUCGCCUGAUCAGUUCAUCCACUUUCUCCCCCACUGAGAACAGAACAUUUUAUAGCCUCCAUCUUCAGAGAAGUGAGGCAGCAAUCAGCAAGGAGUGCCCCGCGUUCUGUGACGAACUGAAGAAAGCCGUCAGGAGCAAAGCGGCGCCGUUGCAGCAGCAGUACGACGAGUACUCCGAUCCUGAACGCACGCUUAGCUGAGGCGUGCUGUUGAUUCGCAAACAUUGGACUGUGGUGUGUGCUGUGUGCUUAAUAAUGAGAUGGACCAAUUGCUAUCCAUCAGCGAUUCAUUCAGUGGCGACGUUCCGUGGCGUCUCUUACUGACACGGACGGAACCAGCAUAUAACUGUUGUUGUACAUGUUCUCGAGUCUGCCGCCCUGUGGCUAGGGCUUCUUGCUCAAACCGAAAAACAUAUAAGCUGGCAGUUUUUCCUUUUCUUUCUUUUUUUAAA